AUGCCGAAGAACUUUCAAAGGAAUUGCAACUACCCGAUGAUGCCUCUGAUCAAGGACCUGGCGACCCUUUGGAUGGCGAAGCGGGUCGAGUUUCCGUAUCGGUGCGAGACGUGCGGCAAAGGGUAUCAGCAUCGCGCCACACUGGUCAGACACACCAGGCACGAGUGUGGCAAGGAGCCGCAAUUCAAAUGUCCCUAUUGCGCCCACAGAACCAAACAGCGUGGCAAUCUCUAUCAACAUAUUCGAACCAAUCAUCCUGGCAAGAACGUGUUCUCGAAGCCGUCCUGGUCCGGAUACCGUUACCAAAGCAGAACUGUCGGCCAUCACAAGCUGGUGCUAUACUCCAAUAACCCGAGCUUGAAGCUACCUCAGGAAUCGAGCAGUUGCCUGGACAAGAAGCCAGGUUGCUUCAGGUGCCCAAACUGCAACAAAGGUUAUCGUUGGCUGAGAAACAUGAAGAAUCACUUGAGAAAGGAGUGUGGCAAAGAUCCAAAGGAAUGUUGCCCGUAUUGUCCGCACAGGACCAAGUAUAAGGGUAACAUGAUGCACACGUGCGAGUGGUGCGGUCGACCAUUCUCUUGGCCCUCCAGCUUGAGACUGCAUCAAAGAAUGGCUUGCGGCAAGCCACCAAACUUCUGCUGCACUAUCUGCGAUUACAAGUCCAACUUUAAGGGAAAUUUGAAGAGGCAUUUACUUUAUUCCGUGGCCGCUUUCAAGAUCAGAGAAGGAAUUGGCGAACGCAUGGAGUUACUCGACGUGACCGACGUUUACGUCGCAACUGCACGGAUUAAUCUUGAAAACGAGAGUGUCAAGGGAUAUACAGACGAUUGCGUGAUAACGGAAGAAACCUGCGAGGACGAAGACGACGAUGAGAUGGAAAGUAUGGAAUACGCGACAGGCGGUUUGAAAGAAGAUAGGCAAGAGUAUAAAUACUCUUGCUUCAAAUGCUUGAAAAGCUACAAGAGGAAGGGUCAUUUGGUGGAACAUCAAAAAAUAUUUUGCGGCAAGGACAAACAGCAGUGUUGUCCAUAUUGCAGUUUUCGUACAUACAAGAAAUCUAACUUGAAAAAGCACGUCAGUCGUGAACUGGUCCUUUGGGAGGAGUAUCAGGUAUUCGAGCCUACUACGGUAACCGAAGCGAGCGAGUUACGAUCGGAAAGGUGCUCUUACGAGGCUAAUUAUUUCGGGUCUGAUCGCAAGCCUACCCGAAUAUGCAGGAACAAAAGCACGGAUCCCCUCGGAGGCAGAUACAAGUGCUCGAAAUGUUCUAAAUCGUAUCGUUGGAAGCAUCAUUUGGUGGAACAUGGCGAGGCUAUUACAGUGACAGAGGGACGAGAUCUUUCGGAGGAAGAUACACGAAAUGCAAGUUCGAACUCGAACGAAUCAGAUCAGCUGUCGAAGCAGUGGCCAGUGGGUUGUCUCUCAGGAAGGCAGCUGACAUGUACUGCAUAUCCAAAGUCGCGUUCUGUGGGCUACCUGAACUGCCAGAAAGUCACCUAUCCGUGCAAGAACUGUGGCAAGGUAUACAAUUACUACUCCAGCCUGGCGAGGCAUUUGAAGCACGAAUGUGGCGUGGAACCCAAGUUCCACUGUCCCCUCUGUCCUUACAGAACGAAGCACAAGUCCAGCCUGAACACCCACUUGAACGGCAGGCAUAUGAAACUUUUGAGCGAAUUCUACGCGAUGCCGAAUGGGAAUAAGCUGUCAUCCUCCAUGGACGCUGGAAACUAA